GCCCGGUGCAGAUAGGACCUCGCGAAUAGUGGCGCGCCGCACGCGCAAUGACGGCCCCGCACGAGGAGCCAACGGUCGGUAUUGAAAAAUCAUUUUAUUUGUCAUAACGCUCUUCGGGCAUAACGAGUACAAACAAGCGAGGAGCCACCGUUUCUGAAACGUUUCCAUCUGCUGGACGUUAACCCCUGCCCGUCUCGGCUGGGUUGUGUGUGGGGACGGAUUGCGUGUUCCCGCCCGCAGUCAGGAUGCACAUGAGUAACUUAUUAAAUCAAUGGACUGAGAUCCCGAGGAUGUGUGAGGUGGACGUCCCCUCAGAGCCCACCAGCCCCACGCUGUAUGGCGAGUCCUCAGACACGUACUACCAAGUGGACCGCUGGCAGAGGCUACGCACAGCCGUGCGCAAGCUGGAGUUCUGGGAGAACUUCACCACAGAGCUCAUUGGCAGCGGUUUCUUCUCUAAGGUCUACAAGGCGAUACACACAACAACUCGAAAGGUGAUGGUGGUGAAGAUCUACAAGAACGAUGUAGACCAGGACAGCAUUGUGCGGGAGAUCAGCCUUCUGCAGAAGCUCUCUCACCCCAACAUAGUCAGGUAUCUCGGAAUAUGUGUGAAAGAAGAUAAGCUGUACCCAAUUCUGGAGUAUGUAAGCGGGGGUUGCCUAGAGGAGCUUCUGGCCAGGAAGGAUGUGUCCCUAAGCUGGAAGGAGAAGGUGGAGCUGGCUUGUGACAUCUCUAGGGGAAUGGUCUACCUGCACUACAAGAACAUCUACCACAGGGACCUCAAUUCCAAGAACUGCCUGAUCAGAUUGACAGCAAGAGGCCGAGAAGCUGUAGUGACCGACUUCGGCUUGGCCAGAGAGGUGGUGGAGCUGCCGGUCAAAGAUCCCAGUAGGAAGCUGUCCUUGGUGGGCUCGGCUUUCUGGAUGGCCCCCGAGAUGCUGAGAGGGGAGCCGUACGACCGCAAGGUGGACGUGUUCUCCUUCGGCAUUGUGUUGUGUGAAAUUCUGGGCAGAAUUCCAGCAGAUCCAGAAAUCCUUCCCAGAACCCAGGAUUAUGGCCUGGAUGUGACUGCAUUCCGGGAGAUAGUGAGCGGGUGUCCUGCACGAGUACUGGAGCUAGCAUCCAGCUGCUGCCUGAUGGAAGCUUUCCGGAGGCCAUCCUUCACAGAGAUCCUUGACCAGUUGGAGGAAGUUGCAGAGAGCCUUGAGCCGCCAAGCUCAGAGUUAACGACUGGAUGAAGGUGUUGGAGUUUUCUAUAGCCCCAUCCUCCCCUCUGUGGUGACAUCAUGGACUUUGCAACCUCUCCAUGGUUACUGUGGUCACACGUGUAGAUGGCAGCACAGCACAGCUUGGGUCCCAUCCCAAAAGGACACAGUGCCAGCGGUGCUGCCCUGCAGCAGAAAUUGCUGAUGGAUGCAUAACUUCCACUUUCUGGGAAAGCACUCUGGUAGAGAGUGUGAGUGCGUUUGAGUUUGUGAGUGUGCAUUCAUGUUUUUGAACUGGACCCUUAAUGGUUAACGAAUCCCAGGAGAUUUUUUUUCCAUAAACUUUUUUUGUAAAAAAUAUCACACUGUGGAUGCUUCAAAGAAUGACCAAACUUUCCAUUCCCUCUAAGAAGUAUCAACGAGGGUAACACAAUCUCAGAAAGUACUGCAAGCACAGACUGUCAGCGGUGGAACAGAGUCUUAGUCCACUCAGCUUCUUCAUCUGUGUAGCUUAUUAUAUGUGCUUUUUGGAAAGGUGUAAAACUAACUGCUUUGUGUAAUUACUGAGUUUACAGAGGCUUAACUUGCUGAGAAUUUCCUUUUUUGUUGGUUUUUUAUGAUGCCUUGAAGGGUAGAGAAGGAUGCAUCUUAAUGACGCACAGUGUGAUUUCAGUCUUACCUGGAUGACUACUGAAUGAAUUAAGUAUUGAAAUGACAGAAAUCCCCAGCUUUGGCUAUUCUGACUUAAUGUGAUUCUUAUUUUUUAUCCAUUCUUUGGUUAGUCAUAAAAUACUUGAUAUAUUACCCCUGUAGUAUUAAUGUUUUUUAGAGAAUGA